AUGCUCGCUCUAUUCGCCACCCACAGCAUUGACAGGACAUUCUUGCCGUCCACGGUGCUGACAAUUGUUUCGGCUCUUGUGUCUUUCUCUUACAUCAUCCUCCAUUCGAUCGUUUACCGCAAGCACCACCGGCUACAACAUGGAAUUGUUUCGCGGCAGCUUGCGAAUGCCUGCUACGUUGCGAUCAGGCUUUCCGUCAUGCUCUGCAUCUGCUGGUUGCUGACGUCCGGCUGGAACUUCAUCGUCGCGGCGCGUCAGCCAAUCUGCCUUCCACAGUCUUUCUCGAAUGACUCUGACAACCGCUGGAGAGUGGGCAGCUCGUGCAUUGCGGAGCGGUUCAGCGCUGCGAUCUCCUUCCUUGCACUUGCCGCUUCCUUCACUCUCUUCGGUAUCCUCACCGUCGUCCGCCGCCCCUUCGAGGCCAGUCUCCUUGGAUGUUCCCUCUCAGCGCUAACAACAAACAAUGACAUCAACCACCCUCAACACCAGUCUCGCAAGUUGCCGCACCCGGAAGACGGCGUGUACAACCCGGCCCUUCGCCGUGCAGCCGAAAUGUCCACCUCAACCCUCACUUCCCUAACCUCAUCAACAUUCUUCCGCCCGGAGACCGCCAUGACCGAAAGGACGACAACAACCAGCAUCCUUGAUGGCGGUUUCGCUGGUUCCACGCCCGGCCCUUCCUUUCCUCCCUCGCCAUCGUCGGGCGACGCCGUCGUCAGCGUGCGCCAACACUCCAAGCACUUCAAUUGGGCCCACAGCUCUCCUCCUCCUCCCCUCCCUCUUCGUUUUGGUACCAACGGCCCCCCACCGCUACCCCCUCCACCACUCCUUUUACCCGCUGCCCCCAUCGUCUCCGCAUCAACCACCACUGCCCGCCGCGUCUCAAGUGCGGAGUCGAGGUACACACCGCAACGGCCCCUCACAUUGCCGUACCAACAACAGCGAUCGAAGAGCUAUGGGCAAUCAAUGCCUCUACUCUCUUCCCCUUCUGGCUCACCGAGCUCUUCUCCAGCUCGUCUUGUGCCCGCACGCCCGGCGAGAAGCCCCCCGCCCCUCGAUUCGGCGUGGAGGGCCGUCCAUCCAAAUCCGCCUGGGGUGACGCUCGUUGUCGGCGGCGGCACUACCGGAUAUGGCGGCGGUCGUAGCGUCUCUCCUCCCGAUGUUGCUAGCAUGCCACAGGGGGGUUUGAACGUGCCAAAGACGAGGGCGAAGACGAGAGCCAGGCCGCAGAGCAUGCCGCACCACAGCCCGCCGCAGAUGACUUCCUGGUCGACAACGACGCCGACGACGUCAUCGGGCGGCUGGACGGCAAUGGCGGCGGUGAAUGAGGAGCGAGGCAACGGUGAGAGCGUCGGGUCGUUGGCGUUGACGACGGCGGCGUUGGCGCGGUUGACGGCGGAGCAGCACGCGCAUCGCCAGGCGCAGCAGCAGCAUCAGCAACAUGCGGAAUGGCGCCGAAACGGCACGGUUGGAGGCGCUGUCAGCGGCAUCGCCAGACGUGGGCAUGGCCUUCCCUUUAGCCACCGCAGGAUCCCAACCCCGUCCGGUCCGCCACCGAGCAUGCCAAUCAGUGUGAGACCCGUCGUGGACGACGGCCCUACUCGUACGACCGCACCUGUUGUCUGCGGUGCGUACAGCAGCAGCAACAGCAGCAGCAAUAACAACAACCACAACAACCCCGCUCCCCUCACCGGCAGACCAGCCACCCCCAUCAACCAAAUGCCCCCUUCCGCCCACCACCCCCAUCACGCCCCCAACUCCGCCCUCCUCUCCCUCCUCCACCACCGCGCCGCCCGCCAACGCCCCCUCCGCUGGACCUCGCGCCGCAGCCUCAGCGGCGACGAUGCGAACACCAAUCACAACGACCACCCCAACCACCCCCAUCCCUCCUCCUCAUCAUCGCAGCAGUCGUCAUCAUCAUCAUCAUCACUAGCCAACGGUCGCUCGCACAGGCGCACCUCCAGCUGCGGCACCAGCUCGCCGCUGAGCACGACCAUGGUCCGGGCGUGCGAGGUGGACGCGGAGGUGCUGAGGGAGGAGACGGGGGCGGCGGGGCGGAGGAGGAGGGAGGCGUUGGGGUUUGGUUGUGGUGGUGGUGAGGGGGAUGAAGAAGUCGUACGGGGAGAGGCCGGUGGGUGGAAGGGGGUGGAUGUCGGAGGAGGAGUGGAGCAGGAGGCGAGGGGGGUGUUGGAGAGGAGCGGGAGGUGGUGUAGGGUUAGGAGGGGGGUUGGGGUCGGCGGUGGGAGGAAGCAGAGUGACGCUGUCGAUUCGGUGGUUGAGGGGGAAGGGGGGGACUUGGGGAUCGAGGGGAGGAAUUGGGUGAGGAAUGCGUCUGGGGAGGAGAGCGUGGCGGGGAAGAGUGAGGAGGAUGAUGAUGGUCGCGGAUGUGGUUUUGGUGUUGAAAGGAGCGGGAGGGAAGACAGCGGUGUGCAGUGGGAGAUCAUGGUGACGGCGAGCAGCGAGAGGGGCAGCACCUGCGGACCUUCCGUGCCUGAGCCUGAGGUGCGGCCGGAAGACUUGUUGGAGCCGGAGCAGCGGAAGAGGGGCCUUCUCCCGUCUUGGGGCAACGGCGUCGUCGUCCCCAAGAAGUCGCCCGAGCAGUCGUUUUUGGAGGCUGUCUUGGCGGCUGGCAAGGUCAGUCCGCUGCUGCUGCAGCUACAACAACAGAAACAACAGCAAGGAGCGGCGACUUGUUUGGAACCAGCUUCGGUAUCCGGCGACGACGGUGCGAACCGGCUCGCACGCAGUGCGACGGUGGUGAGGAGACGGGCAAAGUCGGUUGAGGGAACGCGGCAAGGAGACUCGAAGGAUUCGGCAGGUGGUUGUGGAGGAGCACGGAUUACGGAACAGGCAAUGGGGGUGGGUUUGGGGCUUAGCUGUGUCGUCGGCGUCGGUUCUGGCGCCGGUCAACAGGGGAGAGAGGCGGGAUUGUCAGGUGUAAAGAGGGCUGCUCGCACCAGACGGAAGACGGUGGUGCUGGGUUGA